GCAGAGAGGGGAGGAAAGAGAGAGAGAGAGAGAGAGAGAGAGAAAUGGACAGGGGGAUGAAGAUAUAAAAGGGUGAGAGAUAGACGGAGGAAACGAGGAAUAUAGGAGAAAGAUAUAAGAGACAGACCGACUGUGAGGGAGGUGUUGCUCAAGUAGUGCUCUGUGUAUGGUGCAGUGCGGUGCUGUGCUCGAGAUAGAGAAUGGCAUGGACGGAUUUCGCGUGUAUCUCCGUGACGUAGCAAGUCGGCUCUGAAAACGUGGGGUGCUAAGCUGAGGAAUGGAGGGAACGUGGCAGUGGGAGCAGCGAAAGCACUGCCAUAUCAUUCUGCUCAACUCUUCGUCGUACCUAAAGGAAAACCCGGAACAGACUGCAGGCAUGAAAGUUUCAGAUGAACGGAAGCGACUGCACGAAUGCUACUGCAAGGAAGGAGAUAUCCUGAAGAUAAGAAAUCGCGUGCCAGGUCUGUAGCAUAGAGGUAAGGCAUAGAAGGGCCCCCGUCAAGUGUCACUGAGCGGAAGAGGGGGUUCGUCAUGGACCCGAUGACGCAAAUCGUACCUCAUUGAGCGAUGCAAGUAAUUAGGGCCGGGGCCCUGCUAGUGAGCAUGUGGCUCACUAGAGAAUGAAGAAGCAAAACGUCCGGACUUUAUCAUUAAUCGUCUUCACGCUUACCUAUCUCCUCGUCGGUGCUGCAAUCUUCGACGUGCUCGAGUCUGAGACGGAGAAAUUACGCAAGGAAGCAUUAGAUGCCGUUGAAAAAAUGGUCAUACGAAAAUAUAAUAUAAGCGAGGCCGACUUCAAGAUCAUGGAAACAGUGGUGCUGAAGACGGAACCUCACAAAGCUGGCCAACAGUGGAAGUUCGCUGGCGCAUUUUAUUACGCUACAACGGUCCUCACCACAAUAGGUUACGGACAUUCAACGCCGAAUACUAUAUACGGCAAACUGUUCACAAUGUGCUAUGCAAUUAUUGGUAUCCCAUUAGGACUCGUAAUGUUCCAGAGCAUAGGAGAACGCUUGAAUAAGUUCUCAUCUGUCGUGAUACGGAGUGUAAAGCAGCUCCUAAACUGUAAGGACGUCCAGGCCUCGGAGAUAAAUCUCAUCUGCGUGGUAACGACAUUGUCCUGCUUGACCAUCGCUGGUGGUGCCGCCGCGUUCUCCAGAUACGAGGGAUGGUCCUACUUCGAUUCUAUUUACUAUUGCUUUAUUACUCUGACGACAAUCGGCUUUGGCGAUAUGGUCGCGCUGCAAAAGGACAACGCGCUCAACACGAAGCCCGAAUACGUGAUGUUCGCUCUAAUAUUUAUUCUCUUCGGUUUGGCGAUCGUGGCGGCUUCGCUUAAUUUGCUGGUUCUGAGAUUCGUCACCAUGAAUACGGAGGACGAGAGACGAGACGAGGCCGAAGCGUUACAGGCGGCCCAGGGCGCGGUACGUCUCGAGGGCGACGUGAUAACGGCGAACGGCUCGAUAUUAUCCGGCCAGAUCGGCAAUCACGGUAACGCGUUGUCGUUCGACGACGAGGCGUCGGUGUGCAGCUGCCGCUGCAGCGGCUUUCAGAGAAAGCGGCGGAGACCGCGCUUCACGGUGCGCCGCUCGCCCGGCAAGAUCUCGCACUUGCUGCCGAUGCAACAGUUGUCAGCGUUGAAUGUGCAAGGCGACGACGAGCUGGAGCCCGGGGACGAGCUCGCGACCCUGCAGUUCCCGCCGCUCUAUCAGCACCGCGCCAGCAUUUGACGUUGCUCCGCCGCGAGGAGCGUGGUACUCUUGGAUCAAGAGCAGCAUCACUACCACGAGCAACCGCGGCGAGAAUCUGUCUGAGGAGGGAGAGAGUUUUUGCCCGAUCAGGGCCGCCGAUUUCAACGAAUUUUAAUCGUCGUCGAGACGCUAUCAUCACCGCCACGAGUUCUCUUUCGCUCUAUCUUUUUCUCUUCUCUCUCUCCCUUUCUUUUUUCCU